AUGAAAAACAACAGGAAAGAAGAAUCCUCGAAACAGAUGUCAGAGGGCGUCCAGAAAGAUCCAAAUGGCGAAAACAUAACAAAUAGCAAUAACGCCGAGAGUAGUGGAGGUGGGAUCUUGAAAAAUGUGUCGAGGAACCUCGGUGUUGGAUCAAUAAUCAGAUCGAUUAAAAAUAGCGGUAAUCUCGGUCUUCAUAACAUCAGGAAGAGCGGAAACUUGGGGCCUACUCCACCUGUUGCCCUAGAAAAGAAACAAGGGCCUCAAAGAGUUGAGAGGACCACGUCUAGUGCGGCUAGGGGACUACAGAGUCUCCGGUUCCUUGAUCGGACCGUCACAGGUCGGGAACGUGACUCAUGGAGAUCUAUUGAGAACCGGUUCAAUCAGUUCGCCAUUGAUGGAAAGCUACCCAAAGAAAAAUUUGGCAUUUGCAUCGGAAUGGGAGAUACACUGGAGUUUGCGGGAGAAGUAUACGAAGCAUUGAGUAGGAGAAGAAAAAUAAACACUGAAAAUGGGAUCGAUAAAGAACAACUGAAGCUGUUUUGGGAAGACAUGAUCAAGAAAGAUCUAGAUUGUCGCCUCCAGAUCUUCUUUGACAUGUGUGACAAGGACGGAGAUGGGAAGCUAACAGAAGAAGAGGUUAAAGAGGUGAUGGUCUUGAGUGCAUCGGCUAACAGGCUCGCGAAUCUCAAGAAGAACGCUGCGUCCUAUGCUUCUUUGAUCAUGGAAGAACUCGACCCUGAUCACCAUGGUUACAUUGAGAUGUGGCAACUCGAGGUGCUAUUAACAGGAAUGGUAGCAAACCCUGCAGACACCAAAAAGAUGAUGGGGAAAUCUGAAACGCUAACGCGAGCCAUGAUCCCUGAACGUUACAGAACGCCAAUGAGCAAGUACGUUUCAGUAACCGCUGAGCUAAUGCUCGAGCACUGGAAGAAGAUUUGGGUCGUUAUAUUGUGGCUCGUUGUCAACGCCUGCCUCUUCACUUGGAAAUACUCCGAGUUCUCAUCCAACCCUCUUUAUAACAUUGCGGGACGUUGCGUUUCCGUCGCUAAAGGAACCGCCGAAAUGCUCAAAUUCAACAUGGCUUUGGUCUUGGUCCCCGUUUUACGAAGGAUCCUAACGUUUCUAAGAUCUACUUUCUUGAGCCACGUGAUCCCAUUCGAUGACAAUAUCAACUUCCACAAGUUGAUAGCCGUUAUGAUCGCAGUCACUUCCUUGCUACACACGGCACUACACUUGUUUUGCAACUACCCCAGGCUAAGCACUUGUCCUUACGACGAGUACAAAAAGUACGGGGGAAAACUCUUGGGGCACAAGCAACCCACCUAUUUAGGUCUAAUGCUAACCUCGGUUACGGUUACGGGAUUUCUGAUGAUCCUCUUCAUGUGUAUCUCAUUCACGCUCGCCAUGCAUUACUUCAGAAGGAACAUAGUGAAAUUGCCUAAGCCGUUUAACGUUCUUGCUGGAUUUAAUUCAUUUUGGUAUGCUCAUCAUUUGCUGGUUGUUGUCUAUGCUCUUCUCAUCAUCCAUGGUUACAUUCUUAUCAUCGAGAAGCCGUGGUACCAAAAGACGACAUGGAUGUACGUGGCCGUACCUAUGGCGUUGUACGCGAGCGAAAGGCUUCUCUCGCGAGUUCAGGAACACACCCAUCGUGUCCACAUUAUCAAGGCUAUCGUAUAUUCAGGCAAUGUUCUUGCACUCUAUAUGACAAAACCUCAAGGGUUUAAGUACAAAAGUGGCAUGUACAUGUUUGUCAAGUGCCCGGACAUCUCCAAAUUCGAAUGGCAUCCAUUCUCUGUCACUUCUGCACCAGGAGAUGAAUAUUUGAGCGUUCAUAUAAGGGCAUUGGGAGAUUGGACAAGUGAACUUAGAAACAGAUUUGCAGAGACAUGCGAGCCACCUCAAGCAUCGAAACCUAGUCCAAACAAUCUUGUUAGGAUGGAAACAAGAGCAAGAGGUGAAAAUCCCCUCGUUGAAGAAUCGCAAAUCUUAUUUCCACAAAUUUUCAUCAAAGGACCAUAUGGUGCUCCGGCACAAAAUUAUGAGAAAUUCGAUAUCCUUUUGUUGAUCGGGCUAGGGAUUGGUGCAACCCCAUUCAUAAGUAUCCUAAAAGACAUGCUGAAUAAUCUCAAACCUGGUACUCAAAAACCCGGGCAAAUGGGCGAAGGAAGUGUAGGAAGUGAGAGCUUAGGAGGAUCUAGUGUAAAUGGAGGUAGGAAGUUUCCACAAAGAGCAUAUUUUUAUUGGGUGACCAGAGAACAAGCUUCUUUCGAAUGGUUUAAAGGAGUUAUGGAUGAUAUCGCCGUGUAUGACAAAAACAAUGUGAUAGAAAUGCAUAACUACUUAACAAGUAUGUACGAAGCAGGAGAUGCAAGAUCUGCUCUAAUCGCUAUGGUCCAAAAACUUCAACAUGCCAAAAACGGUGUUGACAUUGUUUCUGAGAGCCGAAUACGAACACAUUUUGCAAGACCCAAUUGGAGGAAGGUUUUUUCUGAAUUGUCAAUCAAGCACGAAACUUCUCGCAUAGGCGUGUUCUACUGUGGAAGUCCAGCGCUUGUCCGACCACUGAAUUCACUCUGUCAGGAGUUUAGUCUCGAGUCCUCCACUCGCUUUAAUUUCCACAAAGAGAAUUUCUGACCCUUUGUUCCCCCUGAAAUGUUUUUGGUUAAGCAAUUCAACAAAUUUUUGAAUUCAAUUAUUCACUUGGUUAUACGGACAUGUUGUAGUUUAGUUGGUUGAAUGAAGUAUGCUCUAAAAAAUACCUAAUUUUUUACCAUCGUUCUCUCUUACGACAAAAGAAGACCUUCCGCCAUCAAAGUCAACGUUCUCUCAUGUGCUACUCCGGCGGUCGGAUCGUCACCGGGAGAAGCUCCCUUAGGUCUCCUUUUAUGUCUCUUCAGCUUUAAUCGCAAUAACUUGAUACUUUGGUGAGCGUGUCUAUGCUCGGUCGGAGUUUCAUGAGUGUAGAUCGAGUCAAUUUCUGUACAGGGGCCUUGAACGGUUUGGGUUCUGGCGACCGCAAAUGUGAUGGUCUCGUGGAUCUCAUGUUUAAGACUGUCCCUUGGUUAUGUUGUUGUUGUUGGAAUUUAGGUUCUAGUUUUAAGUUUUUUUGUUGGUGUGCAUGUUGAACCUGAGACUAUUUUCGCUUGGUUUCUCUCGGAGUGUGGUCGGAAUGCUGAUCUGUUAUGUCGAUUUGUUUGAGUUGCUUCUCCUUCUUCGUAGCUGUUUCUGGUGCGCGGUGCAGGAUUUAACUGGCUCUGAUGUGGAUGUCUACUUCUUCCAUCGAGAAUGGUGAACCGGGUUUCAAGCAAGUCUUUGAUGGUGUUGCAUUUUAGGCUGUCUACUCUUUGUUCCUUGUUCGUCUACGUUGAAGGUUCUUUAUGUUAUGGCUCGUGGUUUAGUUCUUGGUUCAUAAUUCAGAUUUCUUUGACCUUCUGGAAUUGGUUGAUUAUAAGACAGUGAUGUUUGAGUGCUUCAUUGGGUCUUCAUUUGAGGACAUUAGGCUGCGGCCUAUGACUCUUUAUCAUGUCCUUUGUGGCGAUACUCACUUAUCAGGCUUUGUCUUCGGCAAAGUUUUUUUGUUCAACCUUUGGAUUUGGUGGUGAUUUGUUCGGUGUGAAGUAUCUAUGCUUUGAAGUUGUGCUUUC